GCCUGAGCUGCCUGCAGCAAUUGUUCACGUUACUUUUCCAUUGCAUGAAGCCUGUAUAUGUGUGCAUUAUGUUUGCCAAUGUUAUCAUGAAGCAUACUUACAGACCCACUGGAAUACACAUAUCUACAGGUUUAUAUUUUAGUUUAGGCAAAGUAACGUAGCUUCCUUCCAUGUAUUUUUAUCGCAUAUGCUUGAAUUUGAGGUUGCAAAGUAAGUUGAUAAGGAAAUUAAUCUUCUAGUACUUCGAUGUUAUUGAGGAAGGUCAAGGCGUAUGAAGUGAUACUAUUUAAAGGGUUAUCCAGUGGGAUGGGCGGGCGUUGUCUCCUUUCCAGCUACACAUUUGCUAGUUGUUGAUGGUACUUUCUACUUUGACACUACCAGUUUAUCAUCAUUGUAUGUUCUUUGUUUUGAGUGGUUUCUUGUUGAAGGUGAAUGUUGGCAAGUCAGAUUUGCCUUCGGUUGGUGAGUCCCCGGUGUUCAUGCCCUUGCCUCUAUUCUGGUUGUAAUGGGGAGCCAUUCCCCAUCUUUGGGAUCCUGUUUCAAAGACCACCCAUCCUCGUCAGUGAUUUAUUGUGGCAGUAUGAUGAAGUUCGGCCUCCGACAACAUCACACCAACUAUUAAGGAGAAACCAAGCUUCAACAGUAUUGAAGGUAGAAACUACUACUGAUCAGUUUUCACUCGAGGAAAGGGAAACAGCUUAUAUGGCUGCCCGCGAGCGAAUCUUUACAAAAUAUGAUGGUGAAACUAGUGAACCUACAAAGCAGAAGCCACGAAGCAAUCCUGUAGUUGCCCACCGUAUGAUCACACAUGCGCUUGGGGGAAGAAUCAACCCAUCUAAUCAAGCACUCAGCCUUAGGGAUACUAAGGAAUAUGGAGAGGUAACUCUUGGGAUGAAUAUUCAAGAGAAGGAACAAGGGGGUACAAAUUUGAGCAUUCAAACUCCUGAAGAGGCCAACGUCAUGUCCAAUCGAAAGUGUACGCCAAAACUCAGCAACUUUAAAGCAUGUACUAGGCCUGGAACAUCUCGACCACAAAGAAGUGAGGUGAGUGGUUACAAAGAGAACUUGAAAGAGGAGCAUAUGGGAGCAGCAAAGAGAAUGUUUGCGCACGCGUUGGGACUUCGAUCUGCGGGAGACGGAUCUGUUUCUAAAUGCAGUGAAAUGAAGCGAAUGGAGUAAGGUUUGGUGGUAGUAUGGUCAAUGUUGCAAAGCGGUCUCCCUGUAUAUCUAGAUGAGCUCUCAAGGCUUUUCGUAUGAUGGAUCAUCAGUGGACCUCCAUAAAUUUUCAAGCCUUUGAACUCAUUCUCUCAUAUUGGUGAUCAGAGGGUUAAUGAGGUUGUACACCUGGUAGUAUAACAGUAGGUCACUUGGUGGCUGCAUAAACAAAAUACAUUUCUGCGGGAUAGCAACUUGUAGACUGGAGUAGCUAGGGUUUGUAAAGCAGGAGAUAAACUUGGUCCUAUAUCCUAAGGCAUUAGAGCUUUUCAGGAUUCAAUCCAUCAUUCUCGGUCAAGAAAGAAGUAUCCUUUAUUGGUGGUAAUAUAAAAAUUGUGAUGUAUUUCUCAAGCCGGGUUUCAGUAAAGAGCCGGUUUGUUGUGUUUAUUGUGACUUUUAGGGUGGUCUAUCAGCUUCUUGACCUGUCAUGUUUUGUUGAACUACUGGUGUGUUACUUAUAAUGGUAAUUUAUUUUGUGUGUA